CAAUAUGUUUGGGCUGACAGCAGUUCAACUCUUCAGUUGAUGUUCAUAAGCUUCAGAUGCAGCUCCAUCAUAAAAUUCAUCAAUUUAGAAUUUAAAUAAACAAAAAUUCAAUAAAAACCACAACUUUAGUAUUUCCUGAAGAAUCUUGAAAUGGGUUUAGAACCAAAUUCUUCAUCAUCAGCGUCGGCAUCAAAUUCUUGUUCAUUAUCUUCAUCAGCAUCACCAGUGGCGCAGCCUGCAGUUGCGUGUAGCAGUGGAAAAAGAAGUAGAGAUCCUGAAGAUGAGGUUUACGUAGACAAUCUUAACUCUCACAAGCGUUACCUUAGCGAGAUAAUGGCUUCAAGCUUGAAUGGGCUGACGGUUGGUGACUCCUUAGCGGACACUCUCAUGGAUUCUCCUGCAAGAGAUGAGAUGCCUUUACAGUAUUCACCAAUGUCAGAAGACUCAGAUGACUGCCGGUAUUAUGAGAGUCCAGUUAACGCAUGUUCAUCCCAAGCAGACAGUGUACCCACCAGUCCAGUUUCUCCUUACAGGUACCAAAGAUUUCCAUGUGGCUUUUCCUCAGGUUCACCUACCACUUCCUAUCCUUUGCACAACUGUAAUCUUCCCGUAACAUGUCCCCAACCUCGCCAACGGGGCUCUGACUGUGAGGGUAGAUUCCCCUCGUCACCAAGUGACAUAUGCCACUCAGCGGACCUUAGGAGGGCUGCACUUAUGCGGUCAGUGCAGAUAAGGACACAAUCUCCAGGCCCGUCUCUUUUAGAAAUGUCAUUCAGUUCAGGUCAAGAACCUGGGCAUAAUAUAGAAGCCCAGGAGCGUCCCUGUUCUUAUACCAAGUCACUAGUUGUUGAGAGGGAAAAUCAUAUUGUAGAAGGAUGCCCUACAUCAGCUAUACCAGAGCUUGAAACUAGGGAAAAGUCUUGCAGGGCCCUGAAUAUGGAUUUGAAAAGGGACGAAGCUGCAGAUUGAUUGAUUUAGUGAAAUAGGUUCGCGGAUGUAUGUUCGACUUUGACGAUCUUUCGUCAUGGAAUUUACUAAUUUAGUUUAUCUGGUAAAGGAUUCCCAGCAUGUAGCUGUUCUGGUAUGUGUAUGUAGCUUGUGUAUAGCGAAAUACCAAGACAGCCGUGUCUUUACUAGGAGUAUUGAUUUUUAUAUAAACUUCAGGCAUUCAUCUGAAAAACAAUUUAGAAGAAUUGUCAGUUGUGUACUUGUGGUUAUGAUGCAAAAGCCUAUAGUCUAUAGACAGAUUAUAAGGUAAGGAAA